AUGGCGUGGGCCUCGGGCCUCGGGCUGCCGCUGCUGCUGGCGGGGGCCUUCUGGGGCGGCCUCCAGGCAGCCCAGCCGCCCGCUCCGCAGGACGUCGAGUUCACCUUCCUGCUGCCGGCCGGGCUGAGGGAGUGCUUCUACCAGGUCGCGCCGGGCAACGGCUCCAUGGAGGUCGAGUACCAGGUUAUUGGUGGGGCUGGGCUGGACGUUGAUUUCUCCUUGGAGAGCCCUUCAGGCGCCUUGCUGGUUGAUGAGUACCGGAGAUCAGACGGGGUGCACACCAUUGAGCCUACAGAGGGAGGUGCCUACAAGCUGUGCUUAGACAACACCUUCAGCACGAUCUCGGAGAAGUUGGUGUUCUUCGAGAUAAUCUUUGACAGCAACCCGGAAGAGGACGACUUGAACAGCUGGGCAGAUGUAGCAGAACCGGAGGAGAUGCUCGACAUUAAGAUAGAAGACAUUAAGGAAUCUAUCGAAACCAUGAAGACCCGCCUGGAGAGGAGCAUUCAGAUGCAGGCACUGCUGCGAGCCUUUGAAGCCCGAGAUCGAAAUUUGCAGGAAAGCAACCUGAGCCGGGUCAACUUCUGGUCAGCUGUCAACCUCAGUGUGCUGCUGCUGGUGUCAUUUCUCCAGGUGUAUAUGUUGAAAAGCCUCUUUGAAGACAAGAGGAGAGUCUGGACGUAGCAGAAGGAGAAACUGCCCCUUCCUUUCUACCUAUGGAUUCAGACCAGUACCAACACCCAUGUUGCCAAAGCUCCUGAAAUAGCUGCAAUUUUAGUCUUGGUCCCUCAACUGAAGGGUUAAAAUAUCACAGCCAAGGUCAGGGAGGGAUUGAACAGACGCAUCUUGUGUGGUGGUGGCAAUGUGUCAAAACUGAGAGCAGGACACCAGUGGCUUGAAGAAAUGGAACCGUUGGGCGGCAGCAAACAAGCAAGAAUAGCAGCCGAAUUCAGUGCCUCACACAUUCAAUGGCUUCUUCACUUGCAGUGUCUCACCAAGGGUUAUGGCUUGCAACAGCGCCUGUCCUGGACCUCAGACUUGGCUAUUCUGUAUCAGACUUCAUCCAUGUGUGCCUUAACAAUUGCUAACCUCGUUGGAGGUAGCUCUGCCGAUGCCUCUUCAGUUGCCUUUAGUCUUUACUCUUGAAUGCCUUUGUCCUAAGAGCCCCCAGAAUACUUCAGGGUAUGAAGCAACUCCACACAAGUAGCUUUGAUUAUCUUUGCCCUCCAUGGUUCCGGGCUCCAUUUUCUCCAGAUGUGUCUACAUGUGGGGUACAUGAAACUGGUAAAGGGAUUGUUUGAAAAAGUUUUGGCUCCAGCACUUGCCGGACUGCGAAGGAUGGAAAUGCCUGGCAUUGCCCUAAUCCAAAAUCUAGUUUGCCCUAUUCCAAAAUUCUGAUUCCCAGCCAAGUGUCUGAAGUUUUUUCCCUUGGGAGAACUAUUGCCUUUCCAAGACUAACUUUUUAGGUAUUUUUAAAUGUUAGGUGGGAUUAUAGUGGGCUGACCUACAGCCUGAUUGUAUCCACUCUUUUUGUUUAUUUUGCACACACACACAGCCUCAGUUUAUACAUUCUUGGGGGAAGAUUCCCUGUAGCCUGGGGCUUUGUUCUUUUCUCUUACUAGAGAUGAGGGUGGGAUGUUCAAGAGCAGACCGUAAUUGUCUCUUUCAAAGGUGCAGCCACAUUUCAUUUUUUCCUUCAUGUUCGUAGAGUGCUUAAAAUGUACUUGAACGUAGCCUGCCAGUUCAUGGUACUCCUUUGGCUGCCCUUCAGGGCCCAGACCUGCGACUUUUGGUAGCUGCAUCCCAGAUUACCAGCCUGCUUUUCUGAUGGCAGGAAACAACUGUGUGCAUGUGCUGAAGUGCUCAAGGCUUUAUAUGGGCUUCCUCACCUCCCAGAAUGCCUGGCAUGGUAUUAAUAUGAGAGGCCGACAGCACUGACCCUUUUGAAUGAACCAAAGAAUGUAUCGGUCAAUGUCUUGUGGUUCAAUAAAUGGAGCUUGUGCUGU